AUUGCCACGGCUCACUUUGUCACGACAUACCAAAUGCAAAACACAUAUUUAACCUGGCGAGCUCGCAAGCUCCAAGAGUGUUUUCGUGGCAAAAUGGAGCAUGAUUCAGGCGGCGGUUGGUCGGAGUCUGUGGGAGACGGCUUGAGCAUCUUCGUCCAGAGCAUCGACGUGAGGCGACCGGUGGCUGGGAAGGGCAGGAGACGAGCUGCUGCACAGAGGAUACAGAAUCUGUCCUCUGGAAUGGAGGAAGUUGCGAUAUCCGGCAAGGACAGGCUGCACCGGCGUCCGGAGAAGGAGAACUUGCGCGCCGUCCUUGCGGAGCCCGAGGUAGCGAAGAAGGCAGACAUCGUGGCCGAGAAGCUGGAGCGGCAGGUCGAGGGCAAGUCAAGGCAAGAGCUGCUGGGAACGCGCGCCAGAAGUAGCAGAAGAAGGAAGGGGGGCGUCGUCUUCGUCGCCGACGUCGACGCGCCCGGUGCCGGCAUCGCUCAGCCACGGGAGAGCGGUACCGGCAUGACGUACGCCGAGGUGAUGCAGGAGCUGGACCGCGUCAAGCGGGAGCUCGCGGAGCUGCAGCGCGAGGUGAAGGCCGCGAGGGAGGCCAAGCUGGCCCAUGCCGAACGUGACCUGGCAUCGGCAUCAACGUCGUCCACGGAGACGAUGAUGAGUUCCGGCUCGUUCGUCAUCGCCGCCGCCAAGGAGGCGCACGUCGAUGUGGCCAAGGAGACGGAGGAGCUGGAAGAGCCCUCGAGGUGGACGGUGUUGCAGACCAUGGGGCUCCGGAGAGACAUGACGAUGACCAGGAGCCGCACGAGCGUGUCGAGCGAGCUCGAAGCUUGGCUCAGCGCGGCGAGCUCCGACGAGGAGCUCCGGCACCAUGACGGCGAUGACAAAUUGGAAGUCGACGUGGUACCGACAAGGAGACACGAGGUGCGUGAUGAUAGUUCGCCAUGGACGCUGCAGGCGGCGGCGGAAGCCGAGCUGGACAUGGCGCGUACGGAGCUGGAGUCCUUCAAAGGAGAAGAGAGCCUCGUCCUCCGAUCCACUGAGCGCGCGAACAGGGAGACGGCGCGGGUCGCCGAGGAGAUCGGCCGGAUCGAAGAGCAGGAGAAAAAGGCCGGCGCGCAGGUGCAGCAACUCAACGCUCGGCUUGUCGAGGCCAGGUCCCGGUUGGCGGUCGUCAGGGCCGCAGACAAGAUGGCCGAUGAGAUGCUCUCCGAUCUGAAGGCCGAGCUGCAGAAGCUGGACGAGGAGACCGAGGCGGCGGCGAAGGAGAAGGCGCUGACGGAGGAGGAGAACCGGUGCGCCAUAGACAAUGCGGAGAGCGUCGAGUCCGAGAUCGCUGCGGCAGAGCAGAGGAUCAAGGUGGCUGUCAGGGAGCUCGAGGCGGUGAGGGUGUCAGAGGCCAUGGAGACCGGGAAGCUCAAGGCUGUCGUCGAAAGCGUAAUGCUGUCGAGGUUGUCUGGGGCGUCGUUGAGUUCUGGGAACGUCACGAUCCCAAGGUUCGAGUACGAGUACCUGACAAGCCGUGUCGAGGUGGUCCGAGUGGUCGCGGACAAGAAGGUGGCGGCGGCGGAGGCAUGGGUGGAGGCACGGCAGGCCGGCGAGAAGGAGAUGAUAAUGCGGGCCGAGGCAAUUGAGAGGGAGCUCGGAGAAGCUGAGAGUUUCGCCGAGGCUGUGGACGAGGAGAACACAGCGGAGGUGCAGCAGAUCAGGCCACGUCGUGGCCCGCACUCGUCGAAGAGGCCCAUGAGAGAGAACGGCACGCCGGUGGUGACGCCAAGGAGGAAGAGGGCGAUGCCGGUGUCACCCGUGCCUCGGAACCUUCGUACAUCAUCAUCGAAGACGAUUCACGUCAAGGACAAGAAGAUCAGGGUACUAAUUCCGAACUAUCUGAAGCUUAUCAGUGGGAAAUGUACAGGUCGAAAUUGAGAUGCACUGCAGCGGAAGAAGCAACUCAAAACAAAUGAUGUCAUUUCUAUAUGCAUGUAUGUGUCCACCCUACGUGUUUUACAACCACCAUGUAUAUAUGCACAGCAGCAGAGAGCUGUACAAGUUACAACUACAGAGAAGAACAUACACUUCUUCACAUAUGAAUACAAGUACUAUACCAGGAAAAAAGAA